AUGCGGUCCCAGCCGCUGCUGCUGCUGGUGCUGGGGCUGGUGCUGGGGCUGGGGGGGCGAGCGGGCGGCGGGGGGGGUUGCCAACUGCCUGCCGAGUGGCGACCGCUCAGCGAGGGCUGCCGAGCCGAGCUGGCCGCGAUCAUCGUCUACGCGCGGGUGCUGGCGCUGCACCCCGACCCUUACGGCGCCUACAACUACCUGCCCUGGCAGAGGGGUCCCCCCGACGGUCCCCAGCAAGGGGCUGGGGGGCUUUUUUAUUCUGCCGAGAUCGAGCUGCUGUGCGACCAGGCGUGGGGCAGCAUGCUGGAGGUGCCCGCCGGCUCCCGCCUCAACCUCACCGGCCUCGGCUACUUCUCCUGCCACUCUCACACGGUCAUGCAGGGCUACGCUUAUUUCUUCUUCCUCCGAAUGGAUGAGAACUACAUCCUCCUGCCGCACGGAGUCAACUUCCAGGAGGCGAUUUUCCCGGACACCCAGGAGAACAGAAGGAUGUUUGCAAGCCUUUUCCAGUUUUCUAACUGCUCGCAGGCACAGCAUGUGUCGAGCUUCUCCAGUGACUGGGAGAUUCAAGAGGACAAUCGGCUGAUGUGCUCCUCAGUCCAGAAAGCCCUGUUUGAGGAGGAGGACAGGGUGAAGAAGCUGCAGCAGAAGGUGGCGACGCUGGAGAAGCGCAACAAGCAGCUGCGAGAUCGGGUGAAGAAGGUCAAGAGGUCUCUCCGGCAGGCCAGGAAAAACACCAGGCACAUGGAGCAGAUGAACCGAAAACUCAGUGAGAAACUUUCCUCUGCAGGUGGUCAAAUCCCCUACAUUAACUCUCUGAAGCAGGAGAACUCCCAUGCUACUUAUCUUAAAGUGUAAUGCCAGGGUAAGUGCUCAGGCCAAUGAUAAAUGGCAGUUUUUGCCUGUGUUAGAUCAGGAUCUGGCCCUCACACCUUGUCUACACUUUGCUUCAAACCUUGCAUGGAAAAUGGAUCUGGACUUGCUUUAGCCACAGUGCUAGAUUGAACAGGAAUGCAGAUGGUGUUUGGCUGGGUGUGGAGGCACAGCCCAAAGCCACGUCCUCCCUGUCCUUGGUGGACAUGGGGCCAGACUGUAAAUCCGUGCUUCUGGGCCCUCACGCUCCUCCACCUCCAUCACCAGCUUUAGGUUGUCUUAGAUGAACAUGCCAGUUCAGCCCCAUGGGCCAUUGCAGGCACCUGACACAGGAGCUCUUCUUGACAACUUACAUCCUUCACUUGAAGGAUAUAUGGAGAUGGAUGCUGUGGGAAGGAGGCAGGCAAGUUUGAGUCAAGUCAACACCCAGUGUCCCUCUUCAGAAUGAAGUAUGAAAGUGCCUAGAUUGUCUUAACUGUUUCUAAAUAUCCCAAAAUAUUCUAAAUAAAAGAUCUAAUAUUUUUUAGUUUGCCUCAAAGGUCACAAUAACUCCCUCGGGUGCCUUCAUCAUUGCCCAGCCAACAGGGUUGGAAACCAUGGCAUUCUGGGACUGUGUCUAGGACUGAAUCCAGCUCCUGCAGUCAGGAGUGGAUUUAGCCUGACUAUCAGUGGGUGCUGGAUGGGGCCUGGCAGAAAAUUUCAGGUCCUGUUUUCAAGCAGGUUUAAUUUACAGUGUGGACAAGGCUUCAAGUUUUAUAAUCACUGUUUGAGGUAUAAUGGAGGUUGCUGGGCAGCCUCACUUAGUUACACUUAGAUACUGUAGAGACCACAUCAAUUAUCAACAGGGCAUUAAAAAUUAAGGUAGUUUAUAUAUGUAUAUAUUUUAAAAUCCUAUAGAAAAUAUUUUUAUUACACAUUUGAUAUAGUCUAAUUUCUUAAAAUAUGAAGAAAAUCCCAUUUCUUGGUUAUCUUAUGGAAGAAAAAAGGCCAUCAUGUCCUUUAUUAGAUAUUUACACACUGACUUCAGGUCAAGCAGCAUAGGCUGAGGCAUCAGUAUCCACAGCUGAUGUUAAGGUUCCAGAGCACAUCUUGAGUCUUGCCACUCAACCAACCUUCCUCCAUAACAGGGCACCAUGAGGGAGGAAAGGCAGAAGAAGAGGUUUUGUAUUCCUUUUCCCUUCUCAGAAUAAUUUUCUUACUCCAAGCAUGACACCCAGGUGCAGAUACUCUUCCUGCUUUGCAACAGGGGCAGCCUGCCCUUGCCCAGCCCUGGGCAAUGCUGACAAUGUGCCAGGGCUCCACCUCAGUUGUACAAGGUGGACUGAGCCAGAUGAUCUUUAACAUGGAGUUGAGGGCCUCAGAAGUAAGUGUGCAAACCACCACUCUGCUCCUAACUCUCCACACUUUACCAGAUCACUGCAUGGUCCCCACGUUGUGGCUCAAGAACAGAGUCCACCCAGGCUGCAGCUCUGCAGGUCCCUGCUUCCCAUGUCACCUUUCAACCACGAGCUGCAGUCCAAGCUGAACUCAGAAGUUAAUCCUUGUGUUGCCUCCUAGGAUGCUGCCCAGUUUCAUCUCUCCCAGUCUUGCUCCUUUUGGAAAAUAGAGCUGCUUUUUUUCCCCCUCCCCACUCUUGAAUAUCAACAUUUCUGAAGAUUUUGAUGGCACCACAAGCUACACCCAUUUCAAAAGGUUUUGCCUUCCAAAGCAGCACAAAUGGAGUUGUUUUGUGCUGUACUCAGCAGUGCUAUUUCCUGAGAAUUACUACAGACCUAAGGCUUCCCUAGAAGCCAUCAAGAAAUUUUUAUUCCAAAAUUUAAACCCAUUGGAAAGUAACAAUUUUUCAUGUUGUUGUUUCUGGUUUCUAAACUGCUGUUUAAAUAAAUGAACUGUUUGUCCUGGUAUAGAUAUUAAAAGCUUGUGUUCUAAUUUUUUUGUUAUUAAAAAUAUUCCCUCUGUUAUUCAUUCAUGUUUUAAAAAUGUUCGUAUAAAGCUGAGAAAGUACAGUUAAUACAGCUACAACUUUGCUACUCUUACAAAUUUUCCAACAAUAAUGUUGAAAAACUUUCUCUUUUUGGCUGUUAUUGUUGUCUCUUAAUGAAAAGACUGGAAAAUUCUUCCUAUUUUCCUCUUUCUCUGGCUUAAAAAAAAACCCCAAUCAUUUUGUUCUUCUUGUCAGUUUUACGAGAGAUUUGUUAGUUUGCAAAAAAGAAAGGGAAACAAACCCCCCAAAUGCAAAAUCGAAACACAACCCAAAACGUCCCCUCUGGUUGCAAAAUCAAAAGAAGUCAUUUCCUUGGAGUUUUUCCUUUCAUUCCUCCCUGGUUUUUAAUAAUUUCCAGAGAUAAAGACUAGCAGGCAGAUCAGAUCACAAGUUAACCCUCCCAACAAGUCACAGGGGAUGUCAAUCCCAAAUAAAAAUGUUAUUCAAGUGUCAUCAUUGAUUGCUUGUCCCUGCUGGUGACAGUACCCAGAGAGCAACCAGGGAUGUUGUACAGGCAGUAAACACAAGUGUGAAGAGGAA